GAUCUCCAAUUUAAUAUGCGUAACCUGAUUUGUGAAUUGCAGAGAGUACCAGAUAAUUUUCUGAGAAAAUAUGGGGGUGAGCUUUCCUCCUUUGUUAACCUAUCUGUUCCCGAGGGUAGUUCGUGGCAUGUGGGACUGAAAAAGGUAGACAACAAAUUUUGGUUCAUUGAUGGUUGGGCAGAAUUUGUUCAGCGCUAUUCCAUCGGUGUUGGAUACCUUUUAGCUUUCAGAUACGAAGGAAAGUUGAAUUUCAGUGUUCACAUUUUUAAUUUGGCUACUGCUGAGAUAAAUUAUCAAUCACCCACACGAAGCAGCAAUGAAGGAUCUUACUUUGCGAAUCGCCUCAAAAUUUUUGAAGAAAUGGAAGAUGAAGACUUCACUGAAUCCAAACCAGCCUUGCAGAAUCUAUUUAACGGGUCAAAACUUAAUAGUGUAAACUGGGGUGAGGGUGGGAAUGCUCUUCCUGCGAAAAGUGCCAGAGAUAUAGGUUUUCAAUUUAAUGCAAUUGAGUUUAAAAAAUCUACUGAUGAACUGAAAUUGUGUGCUUCUUUCGAGGAAAAGGCCAAAAAAACUGCAAGAAAGAAGCGAAAAUCUAAACCUGGAAGUGCAAAAGGCCAGGAAGCUUCUGAUGAACAAAAAGAGGAGAGAGAAAUGCGCAUUAGAUUGUAUGAAAGUGCUUCUGCAAGGAAAAGAACCGUGACGGCUGAGGAAAGAGAAAAGGUUGUCAACGAAGCAAAAGCAUUUGAACCAAAAUUUUAUCUGAUGCCAUGA